GACAUCCACACCUGACUCUCCCCAAGUGCACAGCCAUGGUCCUGUUCCCACCUCUGGGCCAUGGACUCCCGCCAGAGCCUGUGACUGGUGCCCUGGGAGCUCCCAGGGAGCAGGACAUUGUGGGACUCAGCAUCUGCCCCGCAGCCGAGCAGGAGAGAAGCAGGCCAGAGCAGGCCCAGGCCUCCUUGGGCCCGCCUGAGCAUUUCACGGGUGACCUGAAGGGCACCGAGUCUGCCACCAGCCCCUCGAGGCUACCACUGGCCUCAUCCCAUGAGCAUCAAGAUGGGGGCAAGCCCUGUGAGCACUCUGACUCUGGUCUGGAAGUACUAGAAGCUGAACAGGACAGCCUACAUCUUUGUCUGUUGAGGUUGAACUUCCGACUGCAGGACCUGGAACAAGGCCUUGGGUCUUGGACGCUGGCCCACAACAGGAUUGUCCAGCUGCAGGCCCUGCAGGCAGAACUACGGGGGGCAGCUGAGCGCGUGGACGCUUUGCUCACGUUUGGUGAGGGCCUGGCAGAGAGAACUAAGCCCAGUGCCUGGGCGUCCCUGGAGCAGGUCCUGAGGGCCCUUGGAAGCCACCGAGACACCAUCUUCCAACGGCUCUGGCAGCUGCAGGCCCAGCUGAUCAGCUACAGCCUGGUGCUUGAGAAGGCCAACCUCCUGGACCGGGAUUUGGAAGCUGAGGGAGACUCAGACGGGCCGGCAGCUGGUGGAGUCUGGGGGCCCUGGGCACCCAGCCCCUUCCCCACUCCCGCAGAGUUGGAGUGGGACCCAGCAGGGGAUGUUGGGGGUCUUGGGCCCUCAGGGCAAAAGAUAUCUCGGAUACCAGGAGCUCCCUGUGAGCUGUGUGGCUAUAGGGGACCCCAGAGCAGUGGACAGGGCCUUGAGGACCUGCUCUCCCUGGGGCUCGGCCACCGGAAACAUUUAGCCGCUCACCAUCGAAGGCGUCUCCGGAAGUCUCAGGACAAGAAGAGGCAAAUAUCUCCCACUCUGCCCAAUGUGAUGCUGGAGGCGGAUCAUGGGGUCCCAGCUCCUGCAUCCAGGCGGCCCCUGACCCUCUUCUUUCUCCUUCUCUUCCUCCUUCUGGUGGGUGCCACGUUGUUGCUCCCCCUUUCGGGGGUCCCCUGCUGUUCUCAUGCCCGGCUGGCCAGGACGCCCUACCUGGUGCUCAGCUAUGUCAAUGGCCUCCCUCCCAUCUGAGUCCAGCAGCCCAGACACGCGCAUUAAAUGGUCGCUUUCAA